AUUUGAAAAACGGAGUCGUGUGGUGAACGCCUGCGUGUCCCUUUUAAAACAAAUCCAGGGACUGUCAAUCAUCGCGCAUUCCGACCAAUCCCAAAGCACCGUUUUUUAAAAGCUGGUUUGCCUGCUGUGCUUUUAUAUUGCAGUAUGGCCUGGUUCGGAGCAUUUUACUACCACGGUUAUUGCCACAAAUCAAGAGGGCAAAGUGAACGGCAUGGGACUCACACCAAUCUUAACGAACCUGGGUCCGAUUCCUGCGUCUGAGAGGUUUACGGGCAAUAACUGCACAUGCAGAUGAUACAGCGGGGGAAAUGGGGGAAGAGUUUUGUUGGUAAAUCGUAAACGUUAAAGGUUGGUUGAUUUGCCAAACCCUCAGUCAAGCUUGAAACAAAACAUGACAAGCCUGUCGCGGUUUAGUGGCUGCCCUCUUUCUUGCGUCAACCCUGGGGAGAGCAAUACUGAACCCAGCAUGGUGCUGCCACCUUUGGCAGAGGAGCACAUGGGGCACCCCACUGGCAGUUCCUUAAAACUCUGCCCCUCACAAAAUUUGCGAGACUACCACGAGACGAGGGCCAGUGCAUAUGUUGACCACUCGGUUACCCAUUUUCCAGACACUGGAUACACCAGUCAUCGCUUAGAACCAAGUCCUAGGGGCAUUAUCAUUGGGACAAAUCUGUCAGCAGCAGGCAUGCCACCAGUAACUGAUCAGCUGGCUCCGAGACCUAACCAACAUGGCAAUAUUGGAAGGUACCGUGACCUCCACAGCUAUAGGGAUGGCAGGAGCCACGCGUUCUUCACCACGUAUCAAGAGCAGGCCCAUGGCUCGUCAGACGGAACCCGAGAUCUCAGCAGCCAAAUGAUGUUGGGUCUUCCCGGAGAUCUUCUCUCACGGACGCACCCGUAUGGGCAGUCGGUCAAUGGCCCCAGGGCCAACAGCCAGCAGCUAGUCACACAGUUCUUGGAGUUCUAUAAGCCACUGAAUAUGGCCAUGCAACGAGGAGGGGGUGACGCCUUCCUCAGGUGCUCCAGGCAGAACCCGAAGCACGAGCUCGUGUGUAAGUGGAGUGACGGCCAAGAAGGCACUGGCAAGCCGCCCUGCGCCAGGAGUUUUGGGACCAUGUAUGAACUCGUCACCCAUGUGACGAUUGAGCAUGUCGGAGGACCGGAGCACUCUGACUACGUUUGUCACUGGGAGAACUGCCCAAGAGACAGAAAGCCCUUCAAAGCCAAAUACAAGCUCGUCAACCACGUCAGAGUGCACACUGGAGAAAAGCCCUUUCCCUGCCCUUUUCAUGGAUGUGAAAAAGUUUUUGCCAGAUCCGAAAACCUCAAGAUACACAAGAGAACGCAUACAGGUGAGAAACCGUUUAAAUGUGAGUUUGAGGGCUGCAAUCGGAGAUUCGCAAACAGCAGUGACCGGAAGAAGCAUUCUCACGUUCACUCCAGCGAUAAACCCUACACGUGCAAGGUCAGAGGCUGCGAAAAAUGUUACACACACCCCAGCUCCUUGCGCAAACACAUGAAACUUCAUUGCAAGGCCUACAUUGCCAAAAUCGGUGAAGACGACGAGCACCUUGUAGAGGCCAGGUCUCCUGAGGUGGCAGAACAGCAAGACACACCCGCCUCUACCACAGUGACGCGAUCGAUGACGACUCCCUCCCAAGAGACUCUGUCUCCUGAGACGCGAAAUGAGUCGACUAUGAGGUCACGUUUCCAUCACACCUUUGAAAACAGUUUGGACUAUACGGCGCACAGGCCACAGUCCCUUUUGGACCCUCUGUUGCUACAACGGGGCAAUUACAGACCCGAGUCUGUACAAUACUCAUGCAACCAACCAAGCCAUACUUUCCCACCUAGCCAUAGAACUUUUACGUCCAACUCACCUUUUCAAAAAAGUCUGGUAAAUGGCUGGUACACAUGUCAUAGCGCCGUGGACACAUUUUCACCCAAACACUGUAACUGA